CAUCUCCUUCCGCAGCAGCAAUGGCUGGAAUCUGCCAGCGCUGCGGAGCAGAGCGAGGAUGGUCCCUCAAACACCACGGGCUGGUCCUCCUGUUGCUCAUGGACCUGGUCCUGCAGUCUGUUAGUGGGUAUCUGAGUUCUCCCCAUGUUGGCCAGGACCCCCCCUACACCAGAGACGCCCAGCACGGCCCCAUCAUCACCAGCCCGGUGGUCCCGGCUGCAGCCUCAGCGUCUCCAGCAGAUGACGAGAACUACACAUCCAAAUGUCCCAGUCAGGGUUUGUGUAGCCGCCUUCCUGCUGACUGCAUUCAGUGCAAUUACCACCACAAUUGCACCUACGGCAAACAAGCUUCCUACACCUGCAGACCCAAAAAAGGGGUUCACUGUAUAGGAGAAUCAGGGCAGCACCAAAUGAACUUCUCCCUCUCCAUCACCUGCCAGUUCUGCUGGCAGCUGGACCCGUCCCAGUACCGCUGCUCAAACUCCACCAACUGCAUGACGGUGUCCUGCCCACGCAAGCGCUACAACGCCAGCUGCGACGUCUUGGACCACGUCCAUUGUUUAGGAAGAAGACGGUUUCAGAAACGUUUAUUCUGUAACUGGACCGGCGGAUACAAAUGGUCAACAGCACUUGCACUCAGCAUCACUCUGGGUGGUUUUGGGGCCGAUCGGUUUUAUCUGGGCCAGUGGAGAGAAGGCCUGGGCAAACUGUUCAGCUUCGGAGGCCUGGGCAUCUGGACUCUGAUCGACGUGCUUCUGAUCGGGGUCGGCUACGUGGGGCCUGCCGACGGUUCCCUCUACAUCUGAAGCAACGCUCCGCAGACACAGCCGGUUUGUGAUCUCUUCCACCUCAGACUGCUUCCUUCAGAAGAGAUUGAAGAUCGAGAUGCUGCGUUCUCUCGUCUGCCUGUCCAAGCUCUCCGCUCAACACGUCUCCAUCCCAUCUGCUACGGAGACGGAAGUGUUUUCCUGCUCACGCCAGCGACGGCUCUGCCCACACAGCCCCCGGAUCAACCCCAGUCCUCCUGUUGAGAUUCUGCAGAUGGAGCUGUGCAGGAGGACGAGCAGCCAGUGAUUAUUAUGUGUUUCCAGUUGGUUUGAUCCUAACUGGUGGUUAAACCCCGUCAUGCUGACAGACAGCUCCGGCUUCCUGUGGAGCGGCGCUGUCUCAGACUUCCUGUCACCUUACAACACACAUCGCUCCUUUAAUGCAAGGAGGAUGCAUUAAUGAGGGUCAGGUGGUUACCAUGACUACUGAGUGUUUGUUUUGGUGUUUUUUUGGGGGGUUGAAAGGAAUUUCUCUGUCUGAAAACACAAACAUGCAGAGGGGCGUUUAUUUUGAUGACACUUGAUCCUGAAAAUAAGUUCAACAGUUAUUUUGCAUGUUCCUUAAAUGUUUCACGCAGUUGCUGACUCGACGCGAUGACAAGGUCUCGGCCGCUGCAGAGCGGACCGUAUGGCCUUUCACAGGCUCAUGGCAGAUUCUUGUAAGUUUUAAGCCGAUGUGUUAUAUAAGAAAAAAUGAAUAAGAGCUACCGGUAGCAAAGGACAGGGAAAACGUAUACUCACUGUCAUCACUUACCGCAGCACGUCUUAUUUCUGGAAAUGCACAAAUAAUCCGUGUUCAUGAUAAAUACAGAAAUCCUUCAGAAACGGUGCCGGUGUGUGUUUCACUGGCAAACGGCACUUACUGGUGAUUUCCUGUGUUGGAGAUAUUGGAGAUAUCCUCUGCUGAUCAUUUCCUCGAGUCGGCAUCCUUCUUCACGUUGUUAAAAGUGAUGCGUACUGUAAGAUGUUUAUUUGAGACCACCCACCUGACGUGUUCUAUGUCGGGUGCUUUUUUCUGUCUUUGGACUGUAAAUAUGUUGUUUUUAAGUUGCAUAAAUAAAAAUGAAAUGUAUAAAA